UCAAAUUUGUUGUGCCAAAUUUGCGGCCAUGUUCUCUCCAAGACUACCUCCAUUGGUAAGACCACGUCACCAUUCAGUAGAAAGUGACGACUAUGACACUAUAACUCGUUUCACAAGAAAAGAUCCCAGACAUUCAAGAGGUCCCAUAAAGCUACCUCCUCUCAAACCAGACAAAUUCGGCCGACGAGACCGGUCUGAGUCACCGAGACGGACGAUAAGUAGUAGAAGCCCGUUGAAAACGAGGCUGACCUUCAACGACAACGAGACCAAACUAGUUGUGCGUCAAGGUGAAAACAAAGAUGGCGGCAAGGGUAGGCACGCAAGGGAUGAUGGUCAUUCGAACGCCAUUAUGGAGCAGCUGGACUUCAGGCCAAGGGUCAACUCUACAGGACACAGCCCCUGCAAACGCCAAUCCAGGAGGACAACGGUCAAAAAAUCGGACAGAAGAGUUGGACCUUGUUCCCAGGAAAAUUCCCGUUCCCAGGACAAUCACCCUUCCCAUGAUGCCUUAUUUGACCAAGAAGUGGAAAAUCAUCAGGGGAACGGCGAACCAGGACUUUACAUGCCUCGAGCCAACAAGUACUUCAGACUACAACGUCUCAGGAAGAGCCUCAACAACAUCGAAGACCGCAAGCGCAGGUCCCUGUCCUACCCUAGGAGCACCAACGAGGAACUCCCCCUACUGGAAUCUCUCAGGUAUCCAGCUAAGCCGUGCCUCCCUCCUAUCGGGGUCAAGUGUGACGUCAGCAGUGGCCUUUCAUCCAAUCGAAAGAAAUCCUCCCAUGAUUCCCCGCGGCGUCGUGGUGAUCCAAUCACCGCGUCGCUAAGGGGGUCGGGUAAUUUCUCAUCUUUCACCUUUGACCUCGACGACGAUGACCUUGAUCCUGACCUUCGGCCUUAUGAGGAGAGAAAGGAAGAGCUCGGAGACGAGGUCUUAGAUCAAUUCUUAAAGACGAUAAGGAGAAGGAACGCCACUUGCGAGAAGCUCGACAACGAAGAGGGAACAGGACUGGUAAAAUUCUGUGAGGAAAUCGCCAUCAUGACUGCAAUACAUCAGUGCUUCUAG